AUGCCUGUCUUAUGGCGGAACGUCCAGCACCGGAUCAGUCAAGCGGCAUCGGACGACGGAGACAGGUGCCCAUCACAGCCUUCCGUCGACGUUGUUAAUCAUUGGUUAGAGCGAUGCCAACACACCCCCACGAGCGUCCGGCUCGAUUUCGUGGCGUCUUCGUUUGGAUCGGCCAUGGACGUCGGCGUCGUACCACUUCACCAGCUUUUGACGUCCAGGGGCAUUCUCAACGCGCGGAAUAUCGAGCUGAGGGCGGAGCAGCUCGAGGAUCUGCAAUGCAUUCGAUCCAUCAACCAUCGGGAAGCGCUUUAUAACGCCGAAUCUCUAGCAAUAUUUGUCGAACGAGGACUUCCCAACUCCCAUCCCCCAUCUUCUUUCCCUCCUGCGCCUCGUCUUCGCCGACUUUUCAUUCGUAAUUAUCUUCAAGAUUACUUCUCGCCAACCCGUCUCUUUCCGUGGACGCAACUCACCCAUCUCAUUUCCGAAUGUUAUAUUGGCCCUACCUCUUGGCGUACCGUAAUCUCUCUUUGCACCAAUCUUCAAGAAGCCUCGUUCUUUUUAUGCGGUGACGAUUGUCAGACAAACGAGCGAACAGACAAGAUGCCAGGGGAAGUCAUCAUGCCACUUACUCUUUCGCACUUACGGCGCCUAACGAUCUCCCUCGUCGAUAACCUCCAACGAGACGGACGUGUCGUUGACACUUUAUUCGUCGGUCUCGAAUUUCCGAAUCUCCACCUCCUCCGAAUUUCGUCGUGCAGCACAGAGGUACAUGUCCACAACUGGACCAAACUCCUCUCGCAGACGCCGGCUAUCACAACCCUCCACAUCGGACCUUACCUCUCCUUCGCCCAUUCCACGUUUCUUUCCUCGCUCGACGCGUACCUCCCAAAACUCUACACCCUCACGCUCGACCUCUCCACCGAAAUCCCACCACUCUUUGCGCCUUUCUCCCCACAGCUCUUCGCUGAUUUUAUCACUUCGAGAUCAUCAGCAUCAAACUGUCAAUCGCCAACGCCUUCUCCAAUCACGCAUUUCGCGCUUGCCUACACCAACGGGCACCCAUCUGGCGGCGGUGGCGUAUCAGAGAUGCUGGACGCGCUGAGGGCGGUCAUGGCUGAUGAUGGGCUCGAGGUGGACGUUGCGAUCAACCCUGCGUAUCGGCUACCUUCCCCGCCUGAUAACUCACGUCGUUGGUAUGAAAUCUUGGACUCGUGA